AUGGCGAACGGAUGGGCACCCUUCAUUGGGCUCGUAGUGGUCGUCGCAUUCUGCGCCGCAGCAUGGUUCCUCUCGCCAAAGGGUGAAAACCAGACUGUCUGGCGCUCUACCAUCGUCCUCUCGGCUGCCGCCAUGUACAUCAUGUGGGCGAUCACGUUCCUCGCACAACUACACCCGCUCAUUACACCGCAACGAAAUGGCCUGCGAGCGGAGCUGAACCAAGGGCGGUAA